AUUAUAAUUAAAUUAAUUGUAUUAUUAAAUUAUUUAUUUGUGCAGGCUUGACUGCUGUGACAUCUCGAGUUGCAUAAUAAAUUUUUGGAUCGGCAUUUUUACCAAAGUUAUUUUAUUUUUAUAAUAUAUAUUAUGACAACUAAAUUGCGAUCGGGUUUUAUCUUGACUAUCAUAAUUAUUAUUAUUUAAGUAUGAAUUUUGGGAAUUUUCAUUUCGAUUUUCAUAUACAUCAUGAUACUGGAAGACCUUGACACGUGUACCUACUCAUACAAUCAAAUCACUAUCAAUAGAAUCACAAUACAAUCAAUAAAUUAGCCAAAAAGGUACUCUAGGUAUAUGAUAAAAGUUGUUUCUACUUUAUACUAUGUUGCACAUACAAUACAAUUUAGUUUAUGAUACGGAACAGGUUUGAUAAUAGAUUGAUUAUCGAUUGAAUAGGCAUAUUGAAAAUAAUAUUGUGUGCAGUAUUCGUUUUACAAUUGUCGCGAAAAGUAUACGAUUUUCAAUAUGUCACUUAAAAUACGGUUUUAUGAACUUUUAAAUGGUGUUGUUGAAGCAAAAAAUAAUAAAAACACUCUAUACAUAACUAAUGAAAAGUAUAAUGUAUUAUUGAACGAAGUGAAAGAAUCAAAAUUGGUCAAAGUUAAAAAAUCAAUUCACUAUCGACGACUUAAACGGUUUGAUAUUGUUAAUAUUGGCGGAGAAGAAAAACUGAUUGUUCCGAUGAAUGGUGCCUCCGAAGAAAUGCGUUACUAUGUUCGCUAUGAUGAUUUGUAUGAAAUUAUUCAUGAAGCACAUAUUGCAACAGGUCACGGAGGUAGAAAUCGUAUUGUGUAUGCUGUUAAUAGUAAAUACAAAAAUGUUAAUAUUGAGGCUAUAAAUAUUUAUUUAAAACUAUGUGAGCCAUGUCAAAAAAAACACAGUAUGCCCAAAAAAGGUCUAACUGUUAAACCUAUUAUACAUACCGAAAUGAAUUCGCGCUGCCAAGUAGACCUGAUUGAUAUGCAGGCAAAUCCUGAUAACAAUUAUAAAUUUAUAAUGGUCUAUCAAGAUCACUUGACUAAAUUUGUUAUUUUACGACCACUUAAAUUUAAACGGGCUGAAGAAGUUGCGUAUAACUUACUCGAUAUUUUCACUCUUUUCGGUGCACCAAAUAUACUCCACUCAGAUAAUGGGAGAGAAUUCGUAAAUGCUGUUAUUACAAAUUUGUGUAGUUUGUGGUCUGAAGUGAAAAUAGUUCACGGAAAAGCUCGCCACAGUCAGUCUCAAGGUUCUGUGGAGCGUGCCAAUCAGGAUAUAGAAAGUAUGAUUGCGACGUGGAUGGAGACAAAUAAAACAACGAAAUGGUCAGAGUCCUUAAGAUUCGUACAAGCUAUGAAGAACGGAGCUUUUCAUUCUGGAAUCAAACGCUCCCCAUAUGAAGCAAUGUUUGGGAAUAAAAUGAAAAUGGGAUUAGCAAAUUCAAUUAUUCCAAAAAAUGUACUACCAGGACUGCAAACAGAAGAGGAUUUAGAGGCAGCACUUACCGAACCAAAGGCAAAUAUAGUUGAAGUUGGUGAGAUAGAUGAAGAAGUUGAAAUCGAUGACGUUGUAGAGACACAAGGAGAAACUCAAUAUGUAGAAACAAGGGACGUAGAAAAUGAAAUACCAGCACGGACACAAAAAAUUAAGCAACAUCGAGAAGAAUCACUCAUCGGCCUACAGAAACAAGCAAGACAAAUGUUGCAAAUGUCAAACAAGAAAAUGCCAAUUGUACUAAUUGGACAAACUGUCAAAAUUAAAAUUCCCGAAGUCGAUCGAAGUAAAAUUGAUGCCCGCACAUUAAUGGCUAAGGUGUUACAAGUUGUGGAUGCAGAUUUUUAUCGCCUGGGUACAAAAGCGGGAACACUCUCACAACUGUUCACUCGCAAUCAGUUCACCUUAUGUGAAGAAAAUUUUUAG